AUGCCUCCCAAAAGGAAAGGAAAGGGCGGUAAUAAGCCAGCUAGCACCACCGUCGACCAGCCCACUGCCGACCUUUCCAAGGUGCUGACCGACUUCGUGUCGUCGGGGAGCAACUCGACCUUUACCUGCGGCGGCGUUAUCCCCCUGGCCGACAUGGCCGCCGCUCGCUUGCCGGGUGGAAGGGCAGCUGCGGCGUCGCCGCCCCGAGUCGACGAUGACCGUCCGGUGGACAAGAAGCGUAAGGCGGCUGGCGGUAAGAGGGCAGGCGGCAAGAAGCGCAAGACGGCGAAGGGUAAGGCAGAGGUAGCCGAGCCAAGGGCCGCCAGCAUCGAGCAGGUCCCCGAGCCUCAGCCCGGCGCGAGAGUGGUCCGCUGGGACCGCACCGACGGCUCGCAGGGCAAGGUGACGUUUCCCGUGGCCGACAGCAACGUGAACGAUGCGGCGGCCUUCGACGCCCUCGUGGACGACUGCCUGCCCGCCGGUUUCGGGCACCGCGGCAAGAACGUGCUCGACGAGAGCGUGCGGCGGGCCGGCGCCAUGGACUGCGCGCGCUUCUCGAGCAACCUGUGCCCAUACGCGCUGGGCAUUGUCGACCGCGUUACGCAGCUGCUGCUGCAAAAUGUCGCGGGCGUGCUGCCUAUGUGUAUCUACAAGGGACCCUCAGGCUUCUUCAAGAAACAUAUCGACACGCCGCGGGCCGAGACCCAGUUCGGCUCGCUGGUGCUGUGUCUGCCCAGUGCGCACGAGGGUGGGCGCUUGACGGUUCGCCACGGUGGGCUGGAGCCGGUCGCGCACGACUGGGACGCAGCCGCUUCCGCCGGCGACGUCCUGCAGUGGGCUGCCUUCUACAGCGACUGUGAGCACGAGGUGAACGAGGUGAAGGCCGGCCGCCGCGUCACCAUCACCUACAACCUGUACUACGAGCGCCGCGUCUCGGCCGACCCGAUGGCCGGGCUCGAUAGCAAGCCGGCGCCCGUAGACGUCACCAGGCUGGCGCCGUACGCGACCAUGCGUGACCUGCUCCAGAACCCGGAGUGGAUGAAGGACGGCCACACUUUGGGCAUCUACUGCGCCCACGCGUACCCAACCACCAUCUCAAAGGUGGUGGACCUCGAAGAACCUGGUUUUAAUUACGGGCGCUCUCGUACACCCUCCCCCGAGCCACUCGCGAGCGAUAAGGUCACGACCCUCAAGGGUACCGACAUGUCACUCUACGCCGUCUUCCGACGGCUGGGUCUCGAGGUCGACCUGGUGCCCAUUAUAUUAUCCUCAAAGUACCUCCCCAACCAAGACUAUGGCGACGACGACGACUUUAAAAAGAUCUUUUGGCCAUGCGGAGGGACUGAGACCGAGCCUGGCAUGGUUGGACUGACUGAGUUCAUCACCCAUGAAGGUGAAGAUGCAGCGAAUAUCCCAAUGGCCUUUGGCGAGCUGGUGAAGGAUGUCGAGUGGAUCACCGAGCCCCUGUGGCGAAACCUGGCCUUGAUACACGGAAAUUACUUCGGAAAUGAAGCUGGGCCGCCCGGGAUAUGCUACGCGUAUACUGCCAUGAUCGUCAAGAUUCCUCCUGCGGCGAGCCGCGGAGACUUGGUCUCGAGUGCGUGA